AUGAGUGUUGGAAGCCAAAUUUUCGAUUCGGAUUCAUCGAAGAAAUCGGUACUAGAAGGGAACAUCGUGAUCGACUCGGGGACGACGCUGACGUUCCUCCCGAGGGAUCUGUACGGUAAAGUCGAGGCGGCAUUGAAGCAGCAGGUGAGCCUGAAGCAGAUCGAAGAUCCGCAUAAGAAGAUGAAGUUGUGUUAUGAUGUUACUAAUAUAAAGGAUGCAGAGGCGAAGAUUCCGGAAAUCACGGUGCAUUUCAAAGGGGCGGAUGUGAAGUUGAAGGCACACAACACUUUUAUAAUGUCUACCAACAAGGGUAUUAUAAUGGGGGCCAAGAACGCUAUGUGCCUUGCGUUUGCGCCGGCGGGUCUUACGCCGAUUUAUGGGAAUAUGGCGCAGAUGAAUUUCUUGAUCGGCUUCCAUACAACCGAAGCAGCUGGUUUCAGCAUUGAUCUGAUUCACAGAGACUCCUUACAAUCCCCCUCCCUCCUUUCACCCUUCGACCGCGUAGAAGCUGUGUUGCAACGAUCAUUCAACCGCUCCAAAACCCUAAUAAUCCGUGCAGAUCAUCACUCCCCACAAUCAGCCUCCACAGAGAUUGUCCCAGAUACCGGCGAAUACCUUAUGCGGUUCGCCCUCGGCACCCCCAAAGUCGAAACCCUAGCCGUUGCAGACACCGGGAGCGACCUCACAUGGAUACAAUGCGACCCCUGCAAGGGCUGCAACAAGAAAAGUUCCCCACUCUUCAACCCGACCCGCUCCUCCACCUACAGAUCAGUUCCCUGCCGCACCGAAAUAUGCAAUAUCGUCAAGAACACUAACUGCGAAGGAUCCAACGGCGGCUGCGGCUUCGUACUCAGGUACGCUGACAACUCUGUCAGCAUCGGUGACUUAGCCCUCGAAACCCUCUCGUUUGGUCAGAGCACGUCGUUCUCCAAUAUCGUUGUAGGGUGCAGCCACAUGACCCGGGGAACUUUCAGCCCCGGAACAUCAGGGGUCGUGGGCCUCGGCGGCGGGAGGGAGUCGCUGCUGCGGCAGAUGGGGCCUUCAAUCGGCGGGAGAUUCUCUUACUGCCUACAGGUCCCAUCGUCGUCGUCGGGGAAGAAAGCGAGUAAGAUGCACUUCGGCGACAGCGCCGUGGUUUCCAGCGCAGGAGCUGCAACAACGCCGAUCAUUCUAAAAAACACAGGCAGCUUAUACUACUUGACGUUGCUGGGGAUGAGCGUCGGAAACAAGAGAUUCAAUUUGGAAUCGUCGACGUCGAUAUUGGGAGGAAACAUCGUGAUAGACUCGGGGACGACGCUGACGUUCCUCCCGAGGGAUCUGUACAGUAAAGUCGAGGUGCAGUUGCAGCGGGUGGUGAGCUUGAAGCAGAUCGAAGAUCCGCAUAAGACGAUGAAGCUGUGUUAUGAUGUUACUAAUGCUAAGGAUGUGGAUGCGAAGAUUCCGGAAAUCACGGUGCAUUUCAGAGGGGCGGAUGUGAAGUUGAAGAGACACAACGCUUUUAUAAUGACGGUGAAGAAGUCUAUUAUAAUGCCGAGCAAGAAGGUUAUGUGCCUUGCAUUUGCGCCGGUGGAUCUUGUGCCGAUUUAUGGGAAUAUAGCGCAGAUGAAUUUCAAGGUCGGGUAUGAUUUGGUGAAGAAGACGGUGUCUUUCAAGCCUACUGAUUGCACCACUGCCAUUUAG